UUGGCGGGUUUCACCCUGGCAUCAGCCAUAUAUAAGCCCCAGAGCGGGGGCAGCGUCAGGAUUCAGGAGCCUACGGCCCUAGUACGGCCGCUGGCAUGGCCAACCGAGCGAGGCAGCUCCACGCCAUCUACCUGACCAGCGGCUCCCACGACCCUGAAAAGUGGGCCCAUCUAGUCAGAGAGUACGCCUCCCAUUCCUCCCUCCGGGAAGCCGCCCUCGUCUAUGCCCGGGACCUGCCGCGGCGAACGCACCACCAGCCCCUGCUCCCCGUCCUCCUCAAGGCCGCCGCCGCCGCCUCACGGGCCGAGCAUGGACUCGGCAGGUCCCUCCACGCGGAGGCCCUCAAGUCCGCCUUCGCCGGCGACCUGCUCGUCGGCACCACGCUGGUGUCCAUGUACUGCAAGUGCGGCGCCCUCGCGGACGCGCGCAGGGCGUUCGACGAAACGCCGGACCGCAACGUCGUCACCUGCAACGCGCUGCUCGCCGGGUACGCCGCGGCGGGGGACACGGACGGCGCCCUGGCGCUGUUCGGUGGCAUGCGGUCCUGGACCCCCGUCACGUGGGCGACGCUGAUCCGCGGGUUCACGGAGAGGGGCGACAUGGCGGAGGCGCGGAGGUGGUUCGACGCCACGCCGCCGGGCAUGCGGACCGUCGUCACCUGGACUGUGGUCGUGCACGGCUACGUGUCCGCGGGGGACAUGGAGGCUGCGAGGGAGGUGUUCGACAGGAUGCCCGUGAGGAACGCUUUCGUGUGGUCGUCCAUGGUCACUGGGUACUUCAAGGCUGGCGACGCCGAAGCUGCGCAGGCUGUGUUCGACAGAAUCCCGAGGCGGAACCUGGUGAACUGGAACGCGCUGAUCGCCGGGUAUGCGCAGAUCGGGUGCAGUGAGAAGGCACUGCAGGCUUUCCAUUUGAUGCUGGAGGAGAGGAUCAAGCCAGACGAGUUCACUAUGGCCAGCGUGCUAUCUGCCUGUGCACAGCUCGGGUCGCUAGAGCAGGGGAAGAAGGUUCAUGAAUUCAUCAAGCGGAAGCAUAUCCGGAAGAACCACUUUGUGAAUAACGGUCUGAUCGACAUGUAUGCCAAGUGCGGUGACCUCGCGUACGCACGAGACAUAUUUGACAGCAUGAGAUGGAAGAACACUGAAUGCUGGAACACCAUGAUCUCCGCACUUGCUAGCCAUGGUCGGAGCAAAGAAGCGCUUCAGCUGUUCUUCAUGAUGGAGUGUUCGGAGCAGAAGCCCAAUGUGAUCACACUUCUUGCCGUUCUUGGAGCUUGUACUCACGGAGGGUUUGUGGACGAAGGCUUAAGAAUCUUCAACAAGUUCGAAGUGUAUGGAGUUGAGGCUGGAGUGGAGCAUUAUGGCUGCCUGGUUGAUCUCUUAGGCCGGGCUGGAAAAUUGAAGGAAGCCUACGAUAUUGUCAAGAGCAUACCCGAGGAACCUAACGAGGUGAUCUGGGGAUCUUUGCUUGGAGCUUGCAAUGUGCAUGGUGACGCAGAGAUGUCAAGAUUGGUAUCGGAUGAGAUCCAUCGAUUACAUUCUGCUCGCACGUCGUCUAAUGAUGCAGAGUACAUCAUGCUGUCAAAUAUCAUGGCUGCUUCGGCGAGGUGGGAGCAGGCAGAGCAACUGCGGAGGAAAAUGGCGCGCCAUGGGAUAGAGAAGACUCCUGGCUGCAGUUCGCUUGAGCUAGGCAUUCCUGAAUGCCAAGUGUAUGCAGGCAGUAGACAGUAGAGUUAUGUGCAACUACACUACAUUGCUUUAAGUCUGUUUAACAAUUUUGUCUCAGGUUUUUUUCAGAAAUCUGAUAUCAGUUACUGACCCA